GCGGCCGCAGCGGCUCCGCUCAGCGUGGCGGGGCUGGGCACGGCUGGGUGGGCACAGCGGGCCGGGCGGCUGCGGUGGGCUCGGCACGAUGGAGAUCUGGAGCAGCCCCACCGCCUACGAUGAGUUGAACGGGAACGCGGAGCGCGGCGGCGGCGCGGACCCCAUCGCCCGGGAGCUGGAGGAAGUCCUGUGUGCUGAGCGGGUGGUCAGGAUCACGAAGACCUACCACGAUAUUGAUGCUGUCACCAACCUGCUGGAUGAGAAAGAGAGGGACCUGGAGUUAGCAGCACGCAUUGGGCAGUCCCUGUUGAAGCAGAACCGGAGCCUGACUGAGCACAAUGAGCUCCUGGAGGAGCAGCUGGAAUUGGCCAAAGAGGAGAUCGCGCAGCUGCGCCACGAGGUCUCCAUGCGGGAUGACCUUCUCCACUUCUACACCACCACAACGGAGGAGAGCGAGCCCACCACCACCACCUCCACACCGCUGCGCAGGCACGAGUCCUCACUGUCCUUGCAGCAGUACUUCCAGUACGACACCUUGCAGCAGAAACUCAAGUGCUUGGAGGAGGAGAACCAGAAGCUCCGGAUGGAGGCCACCAACAUCGCCACAGAGACUUGUCAGUACGAGGACCAGGAGCAGCAGCUGAUGAUCGACUGCGUGGAGCAGUUUUCCGAAGCCAGCCAGCAGGUCGUUCAUCUGUCGGAGGAGCUGGCGCGCAGGGCGGAGGACGCGGCACGGCAGCAGGAGGAGAUCAGCCAGCUCCUGGCGCAGGUCGCGGACCUGCAGCAGAAAUGUCGCACGUACGGCUCAGAGGUGGAGGAGCUCCAGCAGCACCUGACCGCGGCCAAGGAGGUGCAGCAGCAGCUCCGGAUGGAGCUGCGGGAUCUGCAGGAGAAGUACGCGGAGUGCGGCGGGAUGCUGCAGGAGGCUCAGGAGGAGGUGAAGAGCCUGCGGAGCCGCAGCCUGCCCAACAGCACCGUGAGCCGCUACAGCUCAGCCAGCCUCCUGCCCGUGGACUCGCUGGCGGCUGAGAUCAAGGGGAUGAUGAGGAAGAGGACAGACAGCUCCUCCUCAGACUACAAGAGCUACCAGCGCGUCUUCGAGACGGUGAAAGCCGUGAACCAGGCAGCCAAAGCCAAGUCUUGCUCUGAGUCUCCCCACCAUGUUCCAGGCUCCAAGCAGUUGUCUGCUGCCCAUUCUGGGGGGGCCAGCACCCCCCACACCAGCUGUGCCGGCUCGGAGGAUGCCCAGGCCGAGGGGGCCGGCGAGGAGUCCCGGGCAGCCCCGGGCCGGCAGGACCUGGAGGCGGCCGUGCAGAGGCUGUCGCUGCGGCAGCAGAGCCACGUCUCCGAGGAGCCCUCCUUCUUCGAGGCCGAACGGGAACGCAAACUCUGGCGGCUGAGAGAUGGGGCGAGCUCCAGUGGCUUCCUCACCCCCGAGGGCAGCGUCGUCUCUACUGGGACCAACUACUCGGGGGGCUCGGACCUCACCGCCGGCUCCAGCUUCUCACUCGGCUCCCUCACCUACUUACCCGACAAACUGCAGAUCGUGAAGCCGCUGGAAGGCUCUGUGACACUCCACCACUGGCAGCAGCUGGCACAGCCCAACCUGGGUGGGAUCCUGGUGCCCCGUCCCGGGGUGCUCACCAAAGACUUCAGGCAGCUGGACACAGACCUGGAGGAGGUGUACAGCCUCAAUGACCUGGAGGAGGAUGAUGUGGACACCAGCUCCUUCCAGCUGCUCCCUACCUCAACACCCGCCAAAGCCAAGGAGCGCCCCAGGGUGUUCCUCUCUGUUAACAACCUCCCCCAGACCCAGUCUACCUUCACCAUCACCACCUGCCACAUCCUCCACCCCACCACUGCGAUCACCACAGUGACACCCAGUCUGUAUCAUGCCGUCGUGCCUUCUUGUGGGCCCUUUGAGGGGCUGAGCCUCAGCAGCCCCUCACCAGAGCAGACUCCCCCCACACUGGCGCUUGGUCCUGGACCCCCGAGCACCCCCAUGGGACUCUUCAGGCUCUUGCUGGGGCGAGAUUCCCGCUUGGCACCAUGGACUGGAUCACGGUGGGCCCCCUCACUCCACUGCCAGGACCCUCAGCAUUCUGAGUCACAGCCCCCCCGUGUGCCCAGGGGCCAGGACAGACCCCGACCCAGGAGCAGCAUCUUCAGCUGGAACCUGGUGGAGAAGUUGCAGCGCCUUGGGCUGGACAAGGUGGUGGCCAGAGGGGAGAUGUCCUGUGCCCAGCCAGGGCCCAGAGGGGCCUGGGGCACCCAGAAGUGAUGCUGCUGCAGAGCCCCCAGGCUCAGAGUGAGACACAUCCUCUUCCUCACCCAUCCAUGGGGAAAUGGAGACAGGACAAGCUUCAGCCUCAGCUCCUGGCGCUGCCCCAGCUCCAUCAGCGCUCCUGGCACCAGCCUGGGGAGCUUUGCCCCGGCUGCAAGGACAGAACCUGGCACAGCUCCCCACCUGUGGGGGGUACAGGGGGUGCUGGCUGACCCUGCCCCUGCUGGAGGAGUGUGGACCCUUCACAGGAGCCAGUUUCUGGCAAUAAAAACUGUUCCUGCUUCUGCUGAGCCUGUCUGCAGAGCGAGAGGCAGCGCGGCCCGUUUGGGGCUGUCCAGAUGCUGCAGAGAAGGGCGAUGCUCAGUCUGGGCUCGGGUGUGUCCUGGGGCAACCCACUGGGGCUGGGGGGAGACCCCUGCACCCUGGGCUGGGCCCCUGGCCAGCACCUGGACUGGACUGGCUUUUAAAGGGAAUGGUGGUUUAACUCUUUCCUGCCCACUGAAUAGCAAUAGUAGCAGCACCCACAGCUUGGGAUGUUUCUGGGGGUGCAUCUGUUGCUCCUCCCAGCUGUGUCCCUCUCUCCAAGCUGUGCCCCAUCCCCUGGCAAAUAAAUGUGAAUUCACGGA